AGAUGCAAUCACAAGAAGUACUCAGGUGCAUGAGGAAGUAAAUAAAAGACAGCACACACUGAUACAGCGUAAUACAUUAUCACGCCCCAUGAUGUCCGUCCUAUAUCCGUUGCUUCUUAGCCUUCUUUCCAUUCUAAGUGUUGUUUAUGGGGCUCCAUCAGAAGAUCUGAUAGUUGCACUGCCAGGAUUGAAGAACCCUCUUCCAUGGAAACAAUACUCAGGAUACUUGAAUGGAACAGAGAAGAAACACCUUCAUUACUGGUACUUGGAGUCUUCCAGUCCAUCCCAAGCAUCAGACCCUGUUGUGUUGUGGAUGAAUGGAGGACCAGGAUGUAGUUCUGAUCUAGGACUUCUGUCAGAGCACGGGCCGUUCAGGGUUGCUCCAGAUGGGGAAACAUUGACAUUGAAUCCAUACAGCUGGAAUAAGGUUGCCAACAUGCUGUAUUUAGAGGCACCAGCUGGAGUGGGCUUCUCCUACGCUGAUGAUAAAGAGUACAAAACAGAUGAUGACCAGGUCUCCCUUGAUAAUUAUUUUGCUCUGAAAGAUUUCUUCAGCAAAUUUCCAGAAUUGGCCAAAAAUGAUUUUUUCAUAACCGGUGAAAGUUAUGGUGGAAUUUAUGUACCAACCCUUUCCCAGCGAGUUAUUAAGGACCCCGGUAUAAACUUCAAGGGAUUCGCUGUGGGUAACGGAUUGUCGGACUAUGGAAUGAACACAGACUCCCUCAUAUAUUUUGCCUAUAAUCAUGGAUUGAUUGGACAAAAAAUUUGGAAAGAUCUGGGAAGCUGCUGUGGUGGUAAUCUGACCAGAUGUACAUUUCACAGUAACCCAAGCAAGAGUCCAGUGUGUAGUCAAGCAAUAAGUGAAGUUGAAACAAUAGUGUAUAUGAGUGGAUUGAAUGAAUACAACCUGUAUGCUAAAUGUGAGUCCACUAAGGCUGGUGUCUGGUUUGACAAGGAAACCAAUGCCUACUCCUACUCCUUGUUCCCAUGGCAUUACCAUAGCAAUCCUACAUACAGGAAACAGCUACAGUUUGUCCAGGAUCUGAGAAGUCAAGGUCAUAACCUCCGUCUCACUCCACCAUGUUUAAACUACAAUAAUGUAUUAAAGUACAUGAGAUCUAAGGAAACAAGAAAAGCACUCCACAUUCCAGAUGAUGUGCAAGCAUGGGAUCUUUGCAGUGCAAUAGUUGGAGCACAGUAUAAGACUCUUUAUCAAUCAAUGAAAAUACAAUACGAGGAUGUACUAAACAAAGGGAAGAGGAUACUAGUAUAUAAUGGUGAUGUUGAUAUGGCCUGUAAUUUUCUGGGAGAUGAAUGGUUUACAGAUAAUCUCAAUCUUAAGGUGAAAGUUGAAAGAAAAAUAUGGAAGACAAUGGUGGAUGAUGGAACACUACAAGUAGCGGGCUUUGUGAAGCAGUUUGAGAAUCUGACAGUGGUCACAGUCAGGGGAGCUGGGCACAUGGUACCUACAGACAAACCAUCACAAGCUUUAUACAUGUUUACAAAUUUUAUACAGAACAAACCUUACAUGUCAUAGUGCAGUUUUGUAAAGUUUAUUAUAAUU